AUGGCGACCAUGCAGCUGCUCCUGUUGACUGUGGCUCUGACCCUGCCCUCUGUGGAGCAAUCAUCCUACAGGAAUUUUCAACAUAAUGUCACUAUUGAUGAGCUUCUAGGAAAGUGGUACAUAGUUGCCUGGACAGGAAACGUGCCUAUUCCUGAUAAGAAUAAGUUCAGCCCACUGCCACCCUUCACAUUCGUCCGGAACAUUAUUGGCAAGUUGGAGUUCAGGAUGAACAUCUCAAAACCCAUCGGGUGUGUUGAGUUCAAGGUGUAUAUGGAUAAAGUUAAACAUAACCCUGGUGUCUUCAAGAUCUGGCCAGAUCACCGCAUCAAAUUUGUGUUUGUGCGUGGGAAGGACUUCGUUAUUGCCCUUUAUGAGGGCAUUUUGAACAACAGCAUUUUGACAAUGCUCAUGGGUCGCAACAUGGCUCCUAAGCAAACAAUAUUUCAUGAUUUUGAAGAUGUUGUGGUAGAUGUGGGGCUGAAACCAAAAAACAUCAUCAGCCCUAAGUGUGAUGGUUUCAAGGAAUAG